AUGCCUGGUGCAAGCGUUGCCGUUAUGCCCACUACCGGCUCGCCGGCCCCUGCCACGCGGAAGCCCUCACUCGCACCGGAGAGGAAGUACAAAUGCCAGUUCUGCAACCGAGCAUUUAGUAGAAGUGAACAUCGCAGCCGCCAUGAGCGAUCGCAUACCAAGGAGAGGCCGUUUAAGUGCAUGAAGUGUCGGAGCACAUUUGUGCGCCGCGAUCUUCUUCUCCGCCAUGACCGGACCGUUCACGCCAAAGAUGGUGGUGUUCCCUUGCACAGUGAUGGAAAGCGCCGUGGCGGAGGUGUGACGAAGACGCGCGCCGUCAGCGGUCCGUCCAAGUCUAUCGCCGCCAUUGACACGGCUGCGAUCGAGCAACUGGAGGCAAGCAGCGAGGGGAUCUUUGAUGUCGAAACUGCUGCUAUGUUGGUGGCAGAUCUGCACCACAAGGCCACGGCGUCUGCUCGUCCCAAUGGCAGUUCGUACGAAAGUAGCACUGGCCUUCCCUCCUACUCCCAGAACGGGUCCGCCAUGAUGGAACCAGCUGUCACUUAUCCGUCCGGUGCCAUUGCUAUUCCCCAAUGGGACUCGUUUUUGGCACAGUCUGUGGAUUCAAAGUCCCACUCCAUCGCCUCGAGUACUUCUGGUGCUUACGAUACUCAGCCGCCGUAUACCCUCUCCAACGCCAAUCAGGCUCUGUCGGCUGCGCUGCCACCCAUGGCUGGUCACAAUAUGAAUGGGUCUGCCGCAUCACCUUCGCCGUACCAGUCAGACCGCCAGCACAGUCCUGAGCUGCCCCCGGCACCCACCGGCUUUAAGCUGCCCCAGGUUAACAGUGAUGACGAGCGCAACAUCAUCCUGGACAACAUUCGGAACGGUGACUCGGAGCAUGCCCUUCCAGAAGGCUUUCGUGUGCCUACCCUCGCGGCCAUCAACCGUUAUCUGUCAACGUACUUCGGUCUGUUCCACCACCACCUGCCUUUCCUGCAUCCGGCAUCCUUCGACCCGUCGAAGACAUCGCCUUCGAUGUUGUUGGCAGUCUUGUCAAUCGGUGCUUUGUAUGCCUUUGAUCAAGAACAGGCUUAUAUCCUACACAUUGGAUCUAAAGUACUGGUGAACCAGUUUCUGCAGCACAAGGAGAACUUCAGCUCGCGCAAAUGCCCGCUUUGGACCAUGCAGAGCUCUCUGCUGAACAUGAUCUUUUCAAGCUGGAGCGGUGACCCGAAGGGUCUGGAGUGGGCCUGCUCCAUCAAGAGCCUGCUCGCAAACAUGGUUUCUGGCAACCGCUACGAAUUGAAGCUUAGACAGGAAGCUCGGGAGGGCCGACCGCCAACAAGGACUGAAUGGGUUGAGGACGAGGGCUGCCGUCGUACCUACUAUGCAGUCUACAUCUUUUUCGGUCUGUUGACGCUCUCGUACAACCACACUCCCGCCAUCAGCUUCAAUGAGUUCGAGGAUCUCCUGUUGCCGUCUACGGAGGCUCUAUGGAACCUGCAAGUGGCGGACGAGGUCUCAUGGCAGGAACAGCUCAAGUCGGCAACCAACGUGACAAUUAUGGAAGCCCAUGAUAAUCUGUUUCAGGGCGAGCCUUUGAAGUACAGCGCCUUUGCUACGCGUGUAAUGAUCAAUGCCCUCUUCCUCGAAGUGUGGUACCACAAGCGCAGUCCGGAAGCUCUACAGGAUGUGGUCACUGAAUACAAGCUUCGCCUGGCUCUGGAGACGUGGGAGAAAUCCCUCGAGCUCUGCGAGCCUGAAGCUUCAUCAGUUUCAUUGAGUGCACCGCACAAAGGGCACCCGCUGACCUUCAAUGCGAAGGCCAUGUAUCGCAAUGCGCGUGCACGGCUAGAGGUUGAUCUGAAGACAGUGCAGGAGGCUCUGCGCUACCAUGACUCGUACGAAGUGGCGGCUGCAAUGUCCAACGCGCGCGACAAGGUCAAGCGCUCGAGCGAAAUGUUGAAGGUCAUCCAGGAGUGCUACAACUGCAUCGAGACCGCUGUGGUUCAGGGCGUACGCUGGGUUGCCCGGACCUCGCCGACAAACUGGAGCAUCGAGCACCCAUUGUGCGGCAUGGAUCUCAUGAUCAUUCUCAGCCUCUGGCUCUAUCGCCUGGAACAUGACGAAGAGCCGGCUACGGAUGAGGAGUUGAAGAUGUACGAUCAGAUCCGGCAACUGUUCGACAAGGACCUCGAAGAGGCGUUUGCUUCGCAACUGAGCUCGAUUGUGGCCCGGCUGUGGGGCUCAAUGCUUGAUGAGGUUGUGGUUUGGGGCAUUACACGACUCAUGGGCGAGUCGUUCCGACUUCACUCGCAGGCCCUUGUAGGCUAUGUGGAUGACAUCGAAGCGUCCUCUGGUGUCUCGACACCGUCCAUGACGUCACAAGGCGCUGAUGAGGAUAGCGUGUGCUAUUAG